AUGAAUAGUGGCUUGAUCAGAAGUAAAGCCUUGACGUACUCCAGUUUUUGGAACUUGGGAGUUUCAUACAUAAACGUGCCAACUAACAUUAAGCCCGGAGAAGUAUUAGUUCAUGUGAGGGCAGUAUCUGUGAAUCCAUUUGAUAUUAUGAUGCAUAAACUCAGUUUGUUCUUUAUAGGAUCAUUUAAAAAAGUGACUGGGUGUGAUUUUGCUGGAGAAGUUGUAAAAGCUGGAGAAAAUGCACCAUUUAAAGAGGGUGAUUCUAUCUAUGGUUGCAGACUUGCUCCAAUGUCCAUCAAUGGUACAUACAGUGAGUAUAUUAUUGUUGAUCCAAAGAAGUGUAUUUUUUGUGAUAAGAUUCCAGAAGGUAUGAUAUACGAACAAGCAGCGUCAAUACCUUGUGUAUCAGCUACAGCAUAUGGUGCAUUGAAAAUGGGUAUCAACAGAAUAUGCCCUACUAUCAAAGAUGACCUCGAAGGUUCAUUGAAAGGCAAGAAUAUUUUAGUAAUUGGAGCAGGAACCUCGGUGGGAUCCUACGCAGUCGAAAUGGCCAAAAAAUACAUGGACGCCAAAGCUGUUGUUGUUACAUGUGGAACAAGAUCAGAGCAGAGGUUAAGAGACGCAGGAGCAGACUUGGCUCUUGAUUAUCAUGAUGGUGAUUUGAAAAAUGUCAAUGAAAUUCUCAAGUAUGUGAAGGACCACGGCAAAUUUGAUAUGGUAUUAGACUGCGUUAGAAAUGAGGUAUAUUACGAUUAUGCGGAUAUUAUUUUGAAGGCUCCAUCUGAUAACGGAGCCUUUGUUCAAUUGUAUGGCUCGAACUCGAUGAAUUUGUUCAAUUGUAGUUUAUCUUCAAUAAUUUUUCCAAGCUUCAAAUCAAUUAAAUAUAAGUUGAUGCAUUUGUUGGGAGUUUACAAAUCUCCAUUGUAUGUCUAUAAGUUAGCUUAUGACUCCACCUUCGGUAGCGUCAUUGAUACUAUGUGGAGAAAAAAGUUACUAGAUACACCAAUAGAUAGUAUUUUUAGAGGUUGGUCUCAAUAUGAUCUUGCUCUUCAUAAGGUAGCUACAGCCAAUAUUUCGGGAAAAGUUGUGUGUAUUUUGUAG